GUUGUUAUCGGCAUAUCGAAAAAUCAGUAGUUAGCAUUUUGUUCUAGAAUUUGCAGCUUGCUCAAAUGAUUUUACUGCCAUAAAACAUGGUAAAUGUUAUGAAAGGAGUGCUCGUUGAAUGUGAUCCGGCUAUGAAACAAUUUUUACUACAUUUGGAUGAGAAACUGGCGUUGGGUCGAAAAUUUAUCAUACAAGACUUGGACGAGAAUCAUUUGUUUAUUUCCACGGAUAUUGUUGAGGUGCUUCAGGCGCGUGUUGAUGAGUUAAUGGAUCGCAUUAGUUUUCCACUUCACGAGAAGGAUCCAUAAACUUUACAUAAAAUCACUAGCUACAACCAAAAUUAUGACGGGCCGCGAAUCGCAUCGCAUUAAGGACGCGGAGAA